AUGAAGACAUCGUUUGCCGUCAUCUUCACCGCCCUUACCGCCGUCAUGGCCGCUCCUCAACUCGCCGCCGACGCACCUAUUGAGGCUCGCCAGGACAACUGCUUCCACCCAAGCUCGUGCUCGGCCUUUUGGUCGGGCAAAUGCCAGGACUACUGCGACACACGAGGCUUCUCGCACAUGACCGGUGAUGGGCCCUAA